UGAUCUGAGGAGGUAUUCACGUGAUCUCUCUAGACUAUGAGCGGAUAAAAAGAACAAUUGUGGUAUCAUGUCAUUUUAAUGGAAGAACAGGAUAUGAGUGGAGGGAAUCAUGCUUUCUUUCAACUCCUAGGCUCAGUCAAUAAUACAAACAUUGAUCUCGUUGACAAUACACUGCUACAAGAUUUGUCUCUUCUCUCGGUACCUAAUCAGAAUGGCCUGUUGCCUAUACAGGUAGCAGCCAAUAGAGGAUAUAGUCCACUUAUUCAGUUACUAGCUAAACAUGGAGCUGACAUAGAAGUGACAACUAAAGAUGGGAAGACUCCUGUCAUGUUAGCUUGUCAGAGUGGUAGCCUGUAUGCUGUUCAUGCAUUCAAUCAGUGUGGUUCUAAUAUGAUUUCAAGAGAUUCCUAUGGAAGGACAUUAAUGCAUUAUGCUGCUACUGUAGGAGCUGUCCAUACCAUGCACUAUCUCCAUGUUAACUGUAAUCUUGCAUAUGAUGCAAAAGAUAACGAUGAUUACACUCCAUUGCAUCUUGCAGUAUGGAAUUCUCAUAUGCAAUGUGUGACAUAUCUCUUGAAGAAUGGAAGGUGUGGUGAUGUCAACGCUGCUAACGUAUAUGGGACAACUCCAUUGGCUGUGGCAGCAAAGAAUGGAUCAAGGUCAAUAGCAAGACAUCUUAUAUUAUCUUCUAAGAAGAACCUGUUGCUGUCAAAGGAUGGUAAUGGAAUGACACCAGUGCAGCAUGCUUUGCAUGGAGGAACAGACAAAUUCAAGGAGUUUGCACUACAGAUGUCAUUAUGGACAACAGAGCAGCUAACGGCUGGUCGCUCUCUAAUGCCAAGCUAUGACACUCUUACUUGGUAUUUUGUAUUCUUUCUUCCUGGCUCAGCUCUAACACUAGCAGCUGUACUCUUCACUCUCAUACCAUAUCUAUCAGUCUCCAUUCCCCUUGCUCUAGCAAUAGUUAUAUUUGGUUUCUUUGCUCCUUUGAAUAAUCACCGACUACCAACUGAUUCCGGUUUACAGAAUCCAGCCCCAAUGGGUGCCUUUCUAGCAGGACUUACCAUAACAGUAAUAUGCUACUUUACUCUUGUUUGGCCCCGUCUAUGGCCUGAUAACUGGUACUGGUUCAUCAUUAUUGCUUUUGACUAUAUUGGAAUCAUUUAUUUAUUCUGGAAACUAGAGUAUACUGAUCCAGGAUUCGAAUAUGUUGGCAAGAGAAGUGAAGAUGGUCGUCCAUUGACUAUUGUUGAUGUAGCUGGACAGGAAAGAGGCUCUGGAAUACAAUACUCAUUUUGUACUGAAUGUGAGAUUGUAAUACCUGAGAUGGCUAAACACUGCAAGCUCUGUUCACGUUGCUGUAAUAAUUUUGAUCAUCAUUGUCUAUGGCUCAAGAUGUGCAUUGGAGCUAAUAAUCAUCACACGUUUGUAAUAUUCCUCUUCCUUCUCUCUCUGGACAACUUCCUGUUUGUUCGAGGAGGUUGCUCAAUUCUUGCUUUAUUGUCUGGUACAUAUGACCCCUGGGUCUUUUUAAAGUAUGCAAUGGUACAUGAAAAGUUUCUCAUAUUUUUAAUGUUAUGCAAUUUUCUGACCGGAUUAUUUGGAAUGAUGAAUCUUUUAUACCAGCUGUCUAUCAUUUCAGCAAAGGAAACAACUUAUUUUGAUUCUAAAGGAUUGGCAGCUUUUGGUCGAAAAAGAGACAGACAGAAAUUGUCAGUUGUGACUCGACUUAGAAAUAUAAAGACUUUCUUUUUUAACGGCCGUCACAAGAAACAGGAAUUCAGUUCAAAUACAUUUAUGGUUUGACAUAAUAUUAACAUUGAUGUGAAUUAUUAUUAUUAUUAUUAUUAUUAUCAUUAUUAUUAU